AUGACUGUCGAGGCGCCACUGCGGCCGUUCUCUAUUUCUUCGGUGCUGCGACACAAACAUGUCGAGCCACCAAAGCCUGGAGAGGAGCUCCACUGUACCUUCAUCAGCCCCGACGGCGAGAAAACCACCCUCGAAGUAGCGGCUGGUGACUCCCUCCUUGACAUUGCUCACGAGCACGACAUCGAUCUGGAAGGCGCAUGUGAAGGAUCUCUGGCGUGUAGUACUUGUCACGUCAUCGUUGACCCUGAGUACUAUGAGAAGAUGGAGGAGCCUGGAGAUGAGGAGAAUGACAUGUUGGAUUUGGCGUUUGGGUUGACGGAGACAAGUCGAUUGGGAUGUCAGUGUAUCAUGAGCAAGGAGUUUGAUGGGAUCACUGUGACGUUGCCCUCAGCAACGAGGAACAUGUCCUUCCAGAAGUAA